UGCGAUUUUGUUGCUUGUUGCUGUGUUGAUGCGAAGUGAGCCUUCUGACUUCUGUACUUCCUCCCACUACAGUACCAAGCAAGGCUUCUGUGUAUAAUUUUACUUCCUCCCACUAGAGCAAGCAGCAGCUACCCAGUGGCAGUACUGCAAAAUUGGACGUGCUCGUACACUGCCUGAUCAAGACAAAAGUCCAACUGGGCAAUGAGAUCUUGUGAAGAGAAAAUUGCAGCAUAGUCUUAGAGUCUUGCAGUUUUGAAACUAACUUGAUCAGUGAUCUCCAACAGUUGCGAGUCACUCACUGGUAAUCUGCGAUAGAAGCUAGUAACUGUCAGGGGCUCACGAAGUGGUAUAGCUUUCAACAUGAGUGGGUGUCUGGAUGAUUGCACUUGUCGGUCGUGCUGCUGUUGCGGCUGCUGCGACCCUCUCUGUGACAAGCUGGAGGAAAUUGACUGGUCCAUGAAGCGCAAUGCCUUAGCAUCCAUCGCUGCUGGUGUUUUGUUCUUCUCUGGUUGGUGGGUGAUGAUCGACAUGGCGGCAGUAUCAACCACUACCAAUGCCUACUUUGCCAUCGGCGUUGGCUCCACGCUGGCUUUUUUCAUGAUAAAUGCCGUGUCAGCAAGUCAGCUGGAUAAUGACUUCUAUCAGCAAGGCUGUCUCUCAGGCCAUUUGGCACGACUCUGGCUCUUUGUUGGCUUCCUUUUGGCAUUCUCAAGCUUGGUUGGCUGCUCGGCUGUUUUGUAUAUUGAAGUGGACCAACAUGCAAACCUGCCUGCUGUAGGUCCAACUAGCGUACCGACCGGACCGACCACCGUGCCUGCUACUAACAUGACAUCAAACACAUCUACUGUGUGGAUGAUGUCAACCGCACCGACAACACUGACCGCUUCAAGUGCUAGUGGUAGUGUGACAUCCGGUAACGCUACUACAACAGUUCCGCCUAUUCCUCUGACCAAGUUUGAGCGCUUAUGGCCUGGCGUUGCCAUCUUCCUGCAGAACUUCCUCAUCUUCUGUGCGUCCAUGGUGUUCAAGUUUGGUCGAAGUGAAGACCUAUAUUAACUUUACCUUGUAACCUGCUCGUCAGACAGCAUGCUGUGUGGAUGUCCUGACAAUUAUGUGAAUAACAGUGCCACGAUCUGCAACACAGCCAACUAAAGCAGCUUAUCCGAAUCCGACAUGUGGAUAUGACUUAGGCCAUGGCUACUAAUGUUAAUGCUGGUUUUUCUUUGUCUUGUAGUAGCAUACGACUCGGAUUGCAUGCUCACAAGUCCCCUCCCUCUGCAUCUGACACACAGCAAAAUCUUGAACUUGAAAAAAAGGAAUUUAUAACAAUCAGCAUACUGCUGCUGCCACAACUAACCUGAAGCAUUGGUUGUAAUGCUCGCGUAUCUUUCUCAUUUCCACACCAGUUGCAUGACGUGUCGUAUCCGUUUUUAGAAUAAGUAUAUAGCUCUCCGCUCGGUGUUUAUAGCUACUGCUGUAGUUGGUCGUUGAUAAGUUAUUUAGACAGAGGGAUCAGACGUUUCCUCACACAUGCACACACACACACACACGCUCUCUUUCUUUAGUGUUGUAGCUUUGCGUUUGAAUGACUAGUUUCUUGUACGCUACCUUUUUGUUUCCAUUGUGCUUUUAUAAUAGAUAGAACUCAGUAAAAAUUUCCCAGCCAUCAUUAUCUCAUGGAGAGGAAGUCGUUUUUAGUAGCUCUUAUGGUAUCUAUCAUGGGUCGACCAUGUCAUGUGUUGUAAUGUUGUUCACACAUAUCCAUAUCGAUCUCACGCGUAAGUUUGAUGUUCUUUA